AAACUAUACUAGAUAAAUUUUAUGAUUAAUUAAAAAUUUAAAAAAUAAAUAAAAUCACCAUGAACAAACAAACAACAACAAACAGGGAACUACAGUCUCCGUCACAGUUAGACCUGGACUUGGAUUGGUUUAGUUUGGAUCAGCCAUUCCGAUCGCGCAGCCAUACGUGGCCACUAAAACCAAAACCUGAUUCGCCGAUAGAUGAAGAGGACGAGGAGGUAGUGGUGGCCGCCGAGUCUAACAACUAUAAUGUCAAUACUGUACUGGCCGUCGAUAGCAAACUGGCCGCUAUUAUGCGCGAACUUGAAGACAAUGGUAGCCGUGGAGGAGCUGCUGGUGACCAACAAUAUCAACAAAACGGUGGCCAACAAAGUCUACGCAAACGGUUGCUAACAGUUAGUCCCGGUUCUGCUGCCGUCGUCAAUAACAAUGUACCCGAUUUUAUCGACCUGACCACCACCACCACCACUAACUGUAGGGACACUAAUAAUACCGGUGCUACUAUCGACCCGCCGAUGUCAAUGUCGUCGACCGAUAGCAGCGGUAUGGCCAGCAAUAGCAGCGGCAAUGAGGACAGCAAAAAAUCCCGCCUGAAUCCGUGGGGCGUCGAAUCGUAUGCCGAACUGAUUACCCGUGCCAUCAACGAGUCGCCCGAUCGGCGACUACGGCUAUCCCAAGUAUACGACUGGAUUGUCGACAAUGUUCCCUAUUUCAAGGACAAGGGAACCGGUAGUUCGUCGGGCGGCUGGAAAAACUCGGUCCGUCAUAAUCUGUCCCUAUAUACACGAUUCAAACGGCUGCCGAACGAAUGUACCGGUCAGUCGUCCUGGUGGACACUCAACGAUGAGUUGGCUACCGAAAGUGCCAGUAGUUUGCGGAAUAGUCGCCGUCGGGCGUCAUCGUUGGACACACACCAGUACAAGAAGGCCAGGGAUAGAGUGAAGAAAAAGUUGGAAACCUUACGGGAAGUGGUGGCGGUGUCCUCAUCGACACCGAACAGGACAUCGUCGUUGAAGGACUUACCCGAUACUAUCGAUACCUCCAGUAACGAUACGUCGAUACUUGUCCAGCACCCGGAGCUCAGGCACGGCAGCCAAGAAACGCCGCUAUCGUCGUCACAAUCCAGUGGUGGUGGUGGCGGCCACUUGUCUCCCGCAAUGUCCAGCAGUAUGGGUGACAACCGACAGAUAUCACCCGUUCCGCCAUUGAUUAGCAUAACUGAUCCGAUAUUUAUCAAUAUAUCGCCUGAUAAUACAAGUGGCGGCCAAUUAUCGACAAUUAGUAGUAUCGGCGGCAACAACGGUUCACAUCUACAACAACAACAACAACACCGAUCGCCAACAUUAUUCACAAUCAGUCCGUUUGAUUCGCCACAGCCUAGCACUGGACAGCCCCGGGCAGAUCCCGUUACCAUUAAUAAUGAUAUUAAUGGCAGCUUAGUAGACGACGUAUCCAUGAUGAACGAUCUACUGGUGCCAAAUAAUUGCGGUGUCGGUGACGAUGACGUCAACGAUAUCAAUCUGGAUCUAAUGGAUGGACAACUAGAUCCCGAUGCUGUUAUCAAACAGGUUCUCGAUCAUUUUGAUUUUGAUUUUACCAUCGAUGACAAUAGCAAUACCGGUAGACGUUGAGAUAUAAUCGCUGUGUAUAUAUAUACCGGUAUAUCGGGGACUACAAACACACAUACACACAGAUACGAUGACUACUACUACUACUACUACUACUACUACUGUACAAUACAUUCAACACAACAUUAAGGUACAUACCUGUCCACACCACCCUUUCCACACACCCCACCCCACACCCCAAAAACAAAUGUAUAUAAACAUAGAGUAAGCAUGACUGCCAUAAUAUAUAUAUAUAUAUUGUAUAUAUGAUAUGAUAUAA